AUGAAAAUAAAUGCUAUAAAUUAAUCUUUAGAUGAGUUUCUUAAAGAUGAAUUGAUUUAAGAUUAUAAAUGUGAUAAUUGUCAUUAAAAAAAACUGCAAUAAAAAAAACAAAAAUAACUAAAUUACCUUAAUAUCUUAUUAUUCAUUUAAAAAGAUUUAAGUUUUUUCCAAAAUAAAACAAAAUAAUUCAACAUGUUAAAUUUUCAUUUGAAUCCACUUUUUAUGGUAUCAAUUACAGUUUAGUUGGAAUAAUUGUACAUUCAGGAUCUUUAGAAUAAGGUCAUUAUUAUUCUUAUUGUAAACGAUAAAAUAAGUGGUGGUUAUUCAAUGAUUAAAAGUUCAAAUAAGUAUUACGGGUCUGAAAAAAAAAGAAGUUUUAUUUAAAUUAUACUAUGGUAGAAGAGAUGGGAGAAAAAAAUGUGGAGAAAUUAUUCAUCUUGA